CAAACCAAACCAAACCAAACCAAACCAAUGGGUCAGUCAAAAUUAGGCGUUUCAAUGCUCAUUCUCUGCCUCCCUACCACAUCCUACCAACGCCAUUUGUCAGUAUUCAUAUUCAAGAAAUCCAUACAAAAUCAAAGCAAACACACUAUCAAUUAAAUGCAUUCUUAUUCUUUUCUCAUUAAUUAACCAUCUACCUAAUACUCAUUAAUACUACUCUAUCUAUGCUCUCUACACUCUUCAACUCUCUUAACAUGAUGGAUAGAUGUUUUAAUAAAUUGGUGAGAGUGGAUAUUAUUACUAUAAUUGUCUAUAUGGUAAUACAGGUCUAAAAAAUAGUGUAGCAUACCAUCAGCACACAAUAUUUAUAAAGAAUCAAAGUUGUCAAAUUCUAUUUCAAAUAUUUUAUAAAUGAUAGCUAAUUAAAUACUCUCAAGCCUUAAAAGGCAUACACUAUCAUCAAUGACACUACACUAGUCUCUUCAUUUUCAACUCUCUAAAUCCAAUUCUCUCACUAAACCAUUCAACCAAGAACAACUAGUGAUCAUGAUGAUGAACAAUCCAAUUGCUAGUGAUGAUCAAGAAAUUAACCAAGAAAUCAAAAUGACCCAAAUUCAAGAAUUAGAAGAUCAAAAGUCCAAGACAAGUAAAGGGUACAUGGUUCUUUUAAUUAUCAACUAUUUAUGCCUCUUUGUGGGUUCAGUCUCCUCAAGUUUGCUUUCUAAAUUCUAUUUCAUCCAUAAAGGCUCAAGCAGAUGGGUCUCUACAUGGGUCCAAUCUGCUGGUUUUCCUCUUCUUAUCAUCCCAAUUUACCUCUUCAAAUCCCCUCACAGAAGACCCUUUAAUGGCUUCACUCCCACAAUUUUAACCCUAUCAAUCUUGGUCGGUCUCAUGCUGGGCUUAAACAAUCUCUUAUUCUCAUGGGGUAAUUCCUAUCUCCCUGUCUCAACUUCCUCUCUUCUUCUAUCUUCGCAGCUCGUCUUCAACCUCAUUCUCUCCGUCAUCAUCGUCAAGCAGAAGAUCACGUUCCAGAAUCUGAACUGCGUCGUUCUGUUAACGCUGAGCUCGGUUCUUUUAGCGUUAGGUUCGAGUCAUGAUAAAGCUAAAACCUUAACCACAGCUAAAUAUUUUAUAGGGUUCUUCUCUACUGUUGGAGCUGGUCUGUUGUUUGCCCUAUAUUUACCCAUCAUGGAGAAAAUAUACAAGAAAGUUUACUGUUACCAAAUGGUGAUGGAAAUGCAGUUAGUCAUGGAAAUUGCAGCCACCGCAUUGGCCACCGUGGGGAUGGCGUCGGACGGCGGGUUUUCCGAGAUGAAGAGAGAAAGCCGGGAGGUGUUUGAUAAAGGAGAGAAAUUGUAUUGGGUUACAGUGAUGAGCAAUGUGGUUACGUGGCAAUUGUGCUUCAUGGGAACUGCGGGAAUGGUGUUCUUAACGUCGUCGUUAACGGGUGGGAUUUGCAUGACGGCGUUGCUGGCGAUGAACGUGUUGGGAGGAGUUUUAGUGUAUGGAGAUGAGUUUGGUGGUGUUAAGAUUGUGUCCACUGUGCUUUGUUGUUGGGGUUUUUCGUCAUUUGUGUACGGAAUGCAUCUUAAAAUGAAGGAUGAGAAACAAAAAAGGAAAAAUGGAGAUGAUGAUGAGGGUAAGAAUGUUGAAAUGGAGAUGGUUUAGGUAGUACGGACACUUCGUUCAUUCAACGUGUCCCGUUUCGGAAACGUUUCGAACACUUGAAGUUUUGGAAAAGAAAUUUUAUUUUGACGUAAAAAAAGGUUCAAAAAUAAUACUGUUUCGCCGUGUCUGUGUCUAAAAAUGCCGUUUUCUCGUGUCCGUGUUAUCUAAGGAGAUGGCUGCUGUUUGAUGCUUCAUAGAUGAUAGGUAUUAUCUUCUUUUUAGUUUUUGUUUUUGUCUAAUGACUGGUGCUUUAUAGCUAUCAUAUCAGAAUCAGAUUAUGUUUCCUUUUGUAAAUAUUAUUUAUAGGAAAAGAAAAUUGAAUGAAGUUCAGUGAUGUUUUGUGGGGUUGAAGACAGGAUGAGUUUCAUAUCAUUUCCAAUUAAUAUUAUCGACAUCAUUUUCA